AGGGUUGCCUGGGGCGAGGUUACUCAUCCUGGGCUCACGUAAGAGGACCCGGGUUGGGAGGCGGCACACUAGGGUGGAAGCCGAGAGAGCAGGACGGAGCCAUGGACCCCGCCAGGAAAGCAGGCUCCCGGGUAGCGAUCUGGACAACGGGCUGGCUGCUGCUGCUGCCUCCGCUGCUGCUUCUAGAAGGAGCGCAGGCCCUGGAGUGUUACAGCUGCGUGCAGAAAGCCGAUGACGGAUGCUCUCCGCAGAAGACUAAGACGGUGAAGUGCGCGCCAGGCAUGGACGUCUGCACAGAGACCGUAGGGGCGGUAGAGACUAUCCACGGGCAAUUCUCGGUGGCAGUCCGGGGCUGCGGUUCGGGACUCCCCGGCAAGAAUGACCGCGGACUGGACCUUUACGGGAUUCUGGCCUUCGUCCAGCUGCAGCAGUGCUCCCAGGACCGCUGCAACGCGAAGCUCAACCUCACCUCGCAAGCACUCAUCCCCGCAGGCAAUGAGAGUGACCACGAGCCUAAUGGGGCCGAGUGCUACAGCUGCGUGGGGCUGAGCAGCAAGGAGUGCCAGGGUACGGCGCCGCCCGUCGUGAGGUGCUACAACGCCAGCGACCACUUCUACAAGGACUGUUUCGACGGCAACGUCACCUUGACGGCAGCUAAUGUGACUGUAUCCUUGCCUGUCCGGGGCUGCGUCCAGGAUGAGUCCUGCACCCGGGAUUCGGCGACAGGCCCAGGGUUCACGCUCAGCGGCUCCUGCUGCCAGGGGUCCCGCUGUAACUCGGACCUCCGCGACAAGACCUAUUUCUCCUCUCGAUUCCCGCCCCUUGUCCUGCUGCCCCCUCCUCCGCCCGCCACUCUGGCUGCAACCAACUCUGUCAGUACUUCUGCCCCAGCCCUGUCCUCCACUUCCACCACCGAACCCACCCCAGCCCCGUCCUCCACUUCCACCACCGAACCCACCCCAGCCCCGUCCUCCACUUCCACCUCCAAACCCACCCCAGCCCCAGCCAGCCAGACUUCUCCAAAAGAGGUCGAACCUGAGACCUCCCAGGAGGAGGAAUCUACCUCGGCUGGAGAUACUAGUGGCCACCAAGACCGUAGAAAUAUUGGGCAGUACCCCAUAACAGAUGGGGCCUCUAAUAAAGGCUCUGCAGCUCCUCCAGUGGGGUGGGUGGCUCUUCUGUUGGCUGUGGCUGCUGUCACCUUACUAUGA